AUGGUUGUAGGAUCAGGUAUUAAUCUUGCAAUUCGCGAUGCCCGUGCCAGUGAUCCUUAUGUCGUCGUCAAGAUGGGUGAUCAGAAGCUGAAGACUCGUGUUAUAAAAAACAACUGCAAUCCUACGUGGGAUGAAGAAUUUACCCUUUUUGUAAAGGAUGUUAACACCCUAGUACAUCUGACAGUUUAUGACAAAGACACUUUCACUGUGGAUGACAAAAUGGGGGAGGCAGAAGUAGAUUUCAAACCAUUACUGAAGUGCAAGAUGAUGGGAUUGAAAAACCUCCCAGAUGGUUGUGCAGUCAAGAGGAUCCAGCCAAAUAGAAGUAAUUGCCUUGCUGAAGAGAGCUCCUGCAUUUGGAGAAAUGGUGAUAUAUUCCAAGGAAUGAUUUUGAGAUUGAAAAAUGUUGAGAGGGGGGAACUGGUUGUGGAAAUGGAGUGGGUUGAUGUUGUUGGUUGCAGGGGCUUAUCACAUGUACAACUUUAA